AUGAAGACUAAUUACCAUUAAUUUUUUGCAUCCAUUUUACGAUUAUGCAUCAAUAGGCUGCUGUUUUGUGAAAUUAUCAACUCCGAUCUUUACCAGAAGUCUUCUAUCCAGUUUUUUGUUGGAUUCGUUUUUACGCUUGUCAGUUCGAGUUUGUUCAACAUCCGUUCGUACGUGUUUCUGUUCGUCGGAUUUUCAACCGAUGUGAUGACUGAUCAAAUGGUGACACCUGUGAUUUAAAUUCAGACGACCUGUUAGUGAUACGUAAAUUACAACAAAAGUUAUCUCCAGUAUGGCCUGAUAAUUGGACUACUUUAUUGCUGUAAGUGCUGUAGGAAGUCCAUGAUUGUUGAUACAUAUGAAGAAAAAUGUCCAAAACUCUUCAAGUGAGAGGAGCAUCCCUAUUACGAGCAAUGGAGAAGUAUGAGAAUCUAGGACUGGUGGGGGAGGGGAGCUAUGGGAUGGUUCUCAAAUGUCGCCACAAAGAGACAGGACAGCUGGUAGCUAUCAAGAAAUUCCUGGAGAGUGAGGAUGACAAAAUGGUCAAGAAAAUUGCUCUCAGAGAAGUCAGGAUGCUUAAGCAACUACGGCAUGACCACCUAGUGAAUUUGAUAGAAGUGUUCAGAAGAAAGAAAAGACUAUAUUUAGUGUUUGAAUUUGUGGAUCACACUGUGCUUGAUGAACUCGAAAAGUGUCCUAAUGGUUUGGAUGAAAACACAGUCAGAAGAAUCUUGUGGCAAGUUCUGAAGGGCACAGAAUUCUGCCAUUUACACAAUAUUAUUCAUAGGGAUAUAAAGCCAGAAAACAUACUUGUUAGUAAGUCAGGGAUAGUGAAGUUAUGUGAUUUUGGAUUUGCUAGGACUCUUGCACAACCAGGUGAAACCUACACAGACUAUGUAGCAACCAGGUGGUACCGUGCUCCAGAACUUCUGGUGGGGGACACCAAGUAUGGAAGGGCAGUGGAUAUCUGGGCAAUAGGAUGUUUACUGGCAGAGAUGUUGACAGGGGAACCUCUCUUUCCAGGGGAUUCUGAUAUAGAUCAGCUAUACCAUAUUGUCAAAUGUUUUGGUAACCUAACUCCUAGGCAUAAGGAGGUCUUUCUCAGGAAUCCACUUUUUGUUGGAAUGCGAUUACCAGAAGUUAGAGAGAUUUCACCUUUAGAAAAGAAAUUCAACAGGAUAUCUUCACAAUCAUUAGAAUUAAUGAAGCAAUGUUUGCGACUUGAUCCCGACGAACGACCCACAUGUACUCAGCUUAUAAAACAUGACUUCUUCUCUAAAGAUGGCUUUGUCACAAGGUUUCAAAAUGAUCUAAAACAGAGGAUUGAAAAAGAGAAUCAGGGCAACCCUCUUAAAACUGGUGAUAAAGACGAUGAUGAUAGCAAGAGUAAUAAAAAGAAAAAGAAAGGAGACAACAAUAAAGACAAGGAUUCAAAGGCUACAGAGAAGAAAAAAGUGCAAGACAAUGAUAAGACAGUGAAAAAAGCAGCAAAUCCAAACACUGUUAAUGGAACUAGUAAUGUAUCUAUAUCUACUCCAAGUAAUCAAAACAAAAACAAAUCUGACACCUCAUUAAAAGAAGUCAAGGUGGACAUUAAAGACAAAAAGUCAGAAAAAAAUGAAAGAAAAGUGGAAGAAAAGACCGAGAAAAAAUCAGGUGAUAGCAAAGGAAAAGCAGAGGAUAUAAGUGAGAAAAAAGACAGUAAAAGACAAGAAGAUAAGAAGCCUGAUGAUAAAGUAGAUAAGAUAGAGGACAAGAAAUCUGAUGUUAAACCGUCAGAAUCAAAGGAGAAUGAGAGAGAUAAGGAGAACAGUAAGGAGAGCACAGUGUCGGCUAUGUCAUCAUCCAGUAUUCCUCCCAUUAAUAAUUCAGGACCCACAGUUCAUGUUUCCACACCUCCCUCCAUGCCUUCAAUAAGCAGACAGCCUCUAGUCAUUAGAUCCCAGUACUUAAGUCUUGCCAGUCCAACCAUGGGUCUCAAUACCGCAAACAAUAUAAGUUUGUCCAAUAUAAUGAGUUCUCCAUUAUCUGGUCCACCUCCACUGAGGGUUAGCGAUAAAAUGGUUAAGAAACCUCCCCCCAACUUCACGAAAAAGAGCCAAGUCACAAGCCACCACAGCACUACACUAAGCCCUCAACCCCUGCAAUCAGAGAGAAGUUUUCUGCAUGAUAAAGUGCAAGAAAAGAUGAAAGCCAAGAGUCCUGAUAAAAGAGACAAGGAAUUUAUAACCUUGCCAGAGGUCAAAGGUGCUGAAGCUCAUCCCUCUAAACCCAAAAUGAAGCAAAGUCUGAGUAUGGCAAUGCAGAGGUCUUCUGUGGCAACAAUACCUCAUAUAACCAACAUAGAUCCAUUUUCAGGGACACUGAGUGACACCCAAAGUUCGGAUGGAAGAGAGGGCAAUCUUCCUAAUGUCUGACAUGAUGUGGGUCUCCACUUCAAACACCCUUGCCUUACCUCUGCUUAUGCAUAGUGUGAUUGUUAGAGAUUGUGAAUAAUGAAAUUGAAGGGACAGUGGGGCUCAUUUGUGUAAACUACAUGUGUUUUCAUGUGUAAACUGUUUUAUAAUGUAAAAUAUACCCUACUGUAGAAUGCCAAAUAUAGAGAGAGAGUUUAAAACCAUUUUGAAUGCAAAUUUUUCAGGAUGAUUGAAAGUUGCAGAGUUGUAGUGCUAUAAUUCCUUUUGUUCAACUCAGAAUGAUGCAUCACAUAUUGUAAUAUCGAUUUUUAAUUUUAAAAAAAAAAGGGGGAAUUUCUAGUGUUAACAACUGGGAAACAUUUUAAGAAACAUUUCUUAAUAAACAUUGUAGACGUUUUCUCUAAUGUAUAGUUACAAACAUUCAGUUGUUAAUUUGUAAAUGAAAUGGUAAAAUGUAAACUUCAGUCAGUAUUUUUUAAUUUGAAAUAGUCAUGACCUCUAUUGGUGCUGAGAUAAAAUCUAGUUGUCUUACCAAGUAACUAUAUUAGUAGAUUAAUUGCACCAAAUGCACUCUUGUCCAAUGAAUAAUACUCACAUAUUGAUACUUACUGCAUUGAUGUUUUUGAAGUAAUAUUCACUUUUUUAGUCUUAAUGAUACUAUUAAAGAAAUUUAGCUAAAUACUGUUGGAAAAAAUUAGAAUUGGGCCUUCUGGACUAAAUGAAUUUGUACAAAUAUGGUUGUAAAAUAAUUAUUGAUAGUGGAAAAUUCAUACUACGCAAUAACUAAAUGGACAUUGCACAGAUUUUUUUUUAAGUAUUAUAUAGCAGGUAGUUUAGCUACUAGUCUGAAAGCUUGUCUUCUUUAUAGGUUUAGUUCUUCAAUGAAAUCUAGUCAUGAACACAAAAUGUGUGCCAAUGAUUUCAUUAUGUAAAGAAUACAAUCACUGAAAAUUUAAUUUACUUGAUUACUGUGCUGUUGAAUGUAAAGGGUUUUACAAAGUAUGAAUAUCAAUAGAGCCAUCUGUAUAAUUUUUUUUGAGUACCAUGGCUGAUGAAAUAAGUAGUUUUUUGAGAAGUUUAUUUCUUAGCACACAUUGUAUAUUGAAACUAUUAAUUGCCAGUUUGUAUUACAAUGGUAUAUAUUAAAGGAUAGAACCUUGUUAUGUAAGUUUGAAUCUAAACACUUUUCCAAGAGUUCAUAUGCACAUGCAGAAUUCCGUAUAGUCCAUAUACUCCAGUGCUUUAGUGUGGUUGUGUGAGAGAGAGUUGAUGUUGUAUCUAUUUAUUGUGUGUAUUCCAGUAGGGCACACAGAUAGCAGAUUGUCUAUCUAUCAGAGCUUCAGAACUUGCAGUGUUCAAUGUGUUCCAAACAAAAUAUUCAUAUUAGUGAAGAAUUUUUUUGUCAUCCUUAAUUUUUCUGCAUUUUCUACUUUGUUUAAAGAAUGCAGUUACUUAGAUUUUUUUUUUCCAUGAAGAAUAAAUUGUACCAAGAAUCUUUCACCAUGAUUUUUUGCCCAUUUGAAUGGGAAAAUUAUUCAAAGCUUGUCUAUAAUUAAUUUCAAGAUACAGAAAAGAUGGCAUUUAUCAUAGUCAGUGGUUUUUUCCAAAUUUCUUUCAUUGAUGAACUGGGUAGAAGUCAGACAAGAAAUAUUCUUGGUGAUGUUAAUUUAAUGAACAAAAUUUUCUAUGCAAAUAAAAAAAAAUCAAAUGCACAAUGUGUUGCUGUGUGACAUCAUUUUCACACAAAUGCUCAAAUUUCUGUCAUGUAAUUGAGUAUCAUAUAAAACAGUAUAAGCAUUUAUAUACAUGUAUUCAGUAUUGUUUGCAUAAUGAUUCAUUAUUCAGUAUUGGAUACUUGAGUAUUUUUUUACACUUGAAACUUACAUAUUGUUAAAGAAUGUUGUUUUGUUACAUUUUGUGUAUUUUCACUCUUCGGGUGCUUGUAUCAUACUUCAAUAAGAAAUAAAGAAGGAAAACUAA